AUGCAUACGGCCCUCCCUUCACAACACAAACUCAACGCCCUUCCCACCUCCACCCGCUCCAUCACCCAACCACAAAGCCGAUACGCGUCGCCCUGUAGCCCCUCCCUCUCCUCCUAUCCCGCCCAAACAUCUUCACCACCUCCACCAUCAUCAUCGUCAUCAUCAUCAUCAGCACCAUCACCAUCAACAUCACCACCGUCAGCAUCACCACCAUCAACGUCAUCAGUCCGCUACUCCUCCACGCCCCCGCCAUCGCACCCGUCCCGCCUCGCCAAUGAUCCGCUUCUCGACGCGUGGAAUGGCGCCAAGUCCAACGACGCUGACCAGCAGGUCAAGCUGGCGCUGACCGAGCUGCUCAACUCGGCCCCGAUCAAGACGGACCACGAGGGCCGCAUGUGGGUGCAGAAGAGGCUCAUGGAUACCGAGCAUCGGCUGAAGGCCAGGCGGCGGAGUCGUAUCUCUGGUCUCGGUUUGCAGAAGGACGGCGCACCGGUGUCCGGCUCGUCGGAUAGAUGA